GAUGAGUUCCUACACUUCAAAACUGAUAAGCACCCUUGUCCUUAGCUAUCCGUAAUGUUGAUUUCUACUCCUAAGAAACCGCUAUAAAAAGAAUCUAAAUUACCAGCAUCAGUACAGUAUCAUUCUUUUAUUGCAAAGUGGUGGGUGCUUGAACAUCAUGGACGUUGCACAAUUGAUCGUGGUUUUAGUGUUGGUGUUGUGUUCAACAUCAGUAGUCUCCGGUUUAUCAGCAAAAAGCGGAAAUACCACGUUCUCUGGAUUUGCAUUCGAGAUGCUGAUUACUAAAUUAGAUUAUCAACAAAACCAGCUGAUCAAAGUCGAAACAGCCAUAAAGAAGGAUCAAGAAAUCAUUGACCAGAAGAUUUCUAGGAUUAUUGAGGUCAUCAAACAGCUCGGUCAGGCAAUUGGCCAAAACCUUACUGCACUGCAGACUGAAACGAAUAAAGCCAAUGAAAAUCAAGACCAUCUACGGAGGGAACUACAAAAGCUAACGACAAAACAAGAUUUAGAUUUGUUUAUGAUCAAUUCUGGCUUAAAUCUUCGUACAGUCUCGUUUCCAUCGUGCAAGAAGAAUCCAUCGAAGCGAUCGGGCAAGUACAUCAUACAGCCUACCGAGGAUGAUGAACCUUUCCUGGGAUAUUGCGAACAGACUGCUUUCGGAGGAGGUUGGUUGGUGUUCCAGUUUCGUUACGACGGAUCGGUGAACUUUUACCGUAACUGGACCGAGUAUCGGAAUGGGUUCGGAAGUAUCGAUGGAGAGUUUUGGCUCGGGUUGGAGCAUUUGCAUCGGAUUACAUCGGCCCGAAAGCACGAGCUGCUGGUGGAGUUGAUAGACUACGAUGGAAACUACAAGUACGCACGGUAUAAUGAGUUUAUGAUCGGGAGUGAGAAGGAGCAAUAUGCGUUAGCAAAGCUGGGAUUAUACACGGGAACGGCAGAUGAUGCUAUGAAAGAUAACAAGGACGAGAAGUUCACGACAAUGGAUCGCGACAAUGAUGCAAAGUUAGAAGAAAACUGUGCUUCCACACGCCAGGGCGCAUGGUGGUACUACAAAUGUUCUGAUUCAAAUCUUAAUGGAGUGUAUGUAAAUAGAAAUAUCAAAACAUCAAUGCAUUGGUCCGGAACACAAUACAUAAGUAUGGCAUACUCUAGAAUGUUGAUUCGUGAAACUUAACACGCACCGCUUUGUUGUUUGUAUCAAUAAAAGAAAUUAAUAAAGCAUAAAUGCUGAUGUUUGUGAGGUCAGAGAUGCUGAACGGAGUGAUUGCACCGAUCAUCACACAACGUUUGUUAUUAUUCAGAAGCAUGGUUAUUAGUUUGCGCUAUCGCUGGCUACCGCGGCUAAUCAAACAAUCAGUCGAUUCAUGACUUUUAGCGAUAGCUCAAGGAAACGUUUGGAUGAGGUUGUGUUACGUGAUCACGUUCGGUUAGCAAAGAACCGUAUAUCCGUGGUGUAUAUUUAAUAUUUAUCAUACAAAUACUCACUACAUUGACGAUACAGUUGUAAAGAAUUUUUAUAUUAACAUAAUUUUUACCGUCUAUGAAUUGUUCUCUUUUUUUUCGAGCAGGCUUGUCUUUUUGCGUAGUCAUGUUGUCAUUUAUUUAUAACGGUCUUUGUUAAUUUAUGUUGCAUUUGAUUGUAUUAAAAAAAGGUGUUCAAACAUUA